GAGAGCGGCCGAUGGCGACCAAGAAGUGCCUGCGAAACCGCCGCGAGCAGCCGCGACAAGCUUAGCGCAGCGCUGUCGGGCCGUCGCGCGCCGUGUACGCGUCACCGAAUCACGUCGCGUUUCCGCGAUUUCCGUCCCAGCGAGGUGCGUGUCCACCAGCGAAGGUGCGGUGCGUCUUGUCUUUCCCUCUCUCUCACUCUCUCUGUCUCUCUUUCUCCUCGUAACACGGCGGCAACGACGUCGCGUCGUGCCCGUCGCGAAUGCGUGCCGCGAAUCACCGGGCGCGUGUGUCUGUGAAUGCGUGCGUGUGCCCGACGGUUGGUGCGGUGCGGUAUCGCGCGUUUGGAUGUGCAUGCAUGUGCUGUGCGCGCGCGCCCUGUUGAAGAAGCGCCGAUCAGCUCACGGUGGUGGAUCGUCGUCUGUGCCGAGCGAGGGAGACGGAGAUACGUGUACACACGUAGCUCGCACCGUCGUCGCGGCUACUAGAGUUGACACUUGGGGAAGGAGCAUGGACCAGCGGCAUCAGUCGCCCCGGCGUCAGUAAACACGAGCACCGACAGAUAUACAAAGUUGGGACUAACCAUGUCCACUAAGAGGCAUCGUGGGCGAAAAUCAAGUGUAGAUCAUAAAAUAACACAUGAAGGCCAUAAUAGAUAGGAUGAGCGCAUCUCGGCAGAGUGAAGCGCGUUGCUUUAAUGAGAACUCUCCCAGGCCGCCAGUGCCAGGAGAGGAAACCGGAAGUUAUGUCAGCAGGAUCCGUCCACAGAGUCCCGCUCUGACACCUAGACGUUCUUCAUUCGCAACACCAACGGUGGCCGGUGGUUGCGAUGCUUCUGCACCAUUGGGAUUCGAGCCGGAGGGUUGUUGCGGAACCACUACCAUGGAGAGCGUUUCUCCCCCUGCCUAUGUACGGUGGGCAAGAAAUCUGCACUCCCUGCUAGAGGAUCCGGUCGGUCUGGAGUUAUUCAAGAGGUACCUGGAUCAGGAGGGGCAUGUGGAACCGCUCAAUUUCUGGUUCGCCUGCGAGGGCCUCAAGGAGCAGAAGGAUACGGAGAAGAUAUCCCAACUGGUCAAGCUCAUAUACCGGAGGUUUUUUCUCAAGUCUCAGCUGACCAUACCGGAGGAUGUGAUGAAGGAGGCAGACCGGCGGGUCAAGGAGGGCCGCGCCGAUCAGAAGGUGUUCGACAUCGUGCAGCUGGAAGUGGAGCGGCUGAUCAACGAGACGACGUACCCCAACUUCCUGCAGUCCGAGGUGUACCUGCAGUACGUUCAGUCCUGCCAGAAUCCCGACUCGGGCGGUUGCCCGAGCUCAGGCUCGAGCCGCGAGAUGUCCCUCUCGUGCGGCCCGAGUUUACUGCCCACCUUGCACGAGGACAGCGAGUUUGUCGGUUCCAUGCACAAUUCGCACUCGGCCAGCGAGACGCCCGGUGAAUUUAGGGAAUUAAGAUUGACCAAAGAUAUCCUCAUGGCCACCCAGCAGAGCAGGGCGAUGGAUGUGCGGCCGAAGCCGGAGAUGUACGCCGGCGUUUACUUGCAACAUGGGGCUAGUCCGUAUCACAUGCACGUAUCCAGAUUGCACGCACAAUAUUCCUCCUACAACCCAGUAUCGAGACAGGAUUCAGAGCUUCAGAGUUUGAGCAGUGAUGCACGUACCGAGGUGGACAAUAUGUCCCUCACCGACGGCUCCGUCGACGGAUCGAGCAGUAGACAGAGGAGCAAAAAGCAAUACGCGAAGCAAUCUAGGACAAUUAAAGAAUCCGCAAGCGUGAAUCGCGACCCUAUGGCGCAUCACAUCGUCCCGCGGACUCAGCGCGUACCAUCCCACCUGUCGAAGCCGAUGACGGAGGAGCAAUUCGCGGAGAAGCUGCGCGAGAAGCUGGAGAUCGUGGCGCGCGAGAGGAAGACCCAGGAGAAACUGGACAAACACCUGCAGGAGGACGACUUGAUGAGCGGGAACGACGCCUCGUUGGAAGCGAUCGGUAACACCCACAAGACCCUGGGCGACGCGCUCAGGGAGAAGCUGUCCAUGGAGGAGGACAGCGAUCAGGCGAUCCUCGACGAGCACGUGUCGCGCGUCUGGUCAGACCUGACGCCCUCGCGCUCCCCCCGGCUCUCCUCACCCAGGAUACACUCGCCCGAGAGGCGACGGGGCCCCGUGCACAAUUACCCGCGGCCCUACAAGCAGAGGAAGGAGAAGGAUGUGUUCUCCACGUUCUCGGUCGACAGCGGCAAUAUCCACGACUUCCAAGAAGGCAGCGACCUCGUCGGAGCUGGCUCCAUGAGUUCUCUAGGCUCGCACCUGCCCAAAUCUAAAUCCGUGCCAUCCGAUUACGCCGAUUCCCUCCAUAAGCAGGAUAUGUAUCUUCAAGGUCACGAGCAGCAGAGAUUCCGAAGGUCGGACGUGACGAGAAGAUCAGCGACGAAGAAAUCGAUGACGGAGCUGACGGACAGUGGGGUGAGCGUCGUCAGCGACGUGCCGCCUUCCAUAAGCAAGGACAUUCGUCUGUUGUCCCGGUUCAAGGAAGUGGACAAGAAGGUGGAGCUGAAGCACAGUAGCCGUCACGGCAAGAGGUACGGCUCGCGUAGCGGAUCGUUGGAAAGGCCGAACAGAGAAACUUGGAGCGUCGGAGUACCUGCCCAGCCGUUCGUCGCUGACCCGGGAAUGCCACCGUUAACGCCACCCCACACGUCUAUACAACUGGAAGAGACGUGUAGAAGGCUAAUGGAGGAAAAUCGGGCGCGCGCCAGUUGCAAGCAGCGGCACUUGAACGCUUCCAAACAGGCGUACGAGCCCGCGUCGCAGAGUCAAUCGUACAUGCAGUCUAACCAGUCGACCUUGAAGAAAACUAAGCAAGACGACUUCACCAUUGUUGUGUUCAGUUUCUGUGACGAGCAGGUCCCCUACAGGACCAAAAUUCCCGGUCACAACGUCACGUUGAAGCAGUUCAAGGAGUAUCUUCCCAAGAAAGGGAACUAUCGGUACUUUUUUAAAACGGAGUGCGAAGACUUGGACACGAGAGUCAUACAGGAGGAGAUAACGGACGAUGCCGAGGUACUUCCGUUGUGGGAGGGUAAAGUGAUGGCGCAGGUUAAGGCGCUCGAGUAAUAGACUGAAUUUCAAAGGGAGGAGCCCGAGCGAGCGAGCGAGCGAGAAAGAGAGAGAGAGAGAGAGAGACAGAGAGAAAUGCGCGAAUGUUGACCAAGUGCCGCAAUAAAUAUUAUUUAAGAGAUCCGACGUGCGACAAGGAGAGAGUGCGCUCGGUAAUUUAUAUGUAUACACAUUAACGCUUGUCACGCGGCCUCUUUUUCUCGUAAUUGCCUAAGAAAGUAGUCUUAAUCGAUCGAAAAAACGGGGGAGAAGAAAAAAAGGAAGGAAUAUAUCGAGUCGAGCAAUACCGCCGCGCGAGUUUGGAGGCUCGCUGCGGGAAAGCAAGCAAGACAGAGAUAAAACGAAAGCAACGGCCUCCCGUCGAACUCCGUUGGCACGGACGCCCUCGGAGGACGACUCUCCUCGCCUCUCACUUCCGGUUUAUCGUUUCGAGCUCACUUCUGCACUCGUCAAAACGGAGGAGAAUGUGUUCUCUUUCUUUCCUCUCGCGGAAGAAAACAUUUUGCUGGCACAGCAAACUUGUCAAUUACUUACACGGACAACAAGGAAGAUUCGUCAAGAUUAUUAAUUGCUAUUCGCUUGGAUACACGGGCGGCAGGAUAAUUUAGCUCUGUCAGUCUGUCCAAACGUGUUUUGCCGCGACAGCGAAACUAUCUCUCUUCCGUGCGACGUGUCUUUUUUGGCUGUUCGUGUAGUGACUGAGAAAAAUUUACCGGCAAAAUAUCUUCCCGUGAUUGGUUCGGAUUGCUCUAUUAACGAACUUACUUAGCGGAUCGCGACAGCGUUUUAUUGUAUAUACGGUUAGCAUGUAGAGCGGUCUCGACUACAAACGCAACGUUAUACACACACACACACACACAUACAUUUUGCCGCAGUGCAGCCCUUACGACACGCGGGACUGCCGUGGUUCAGUGGUCACGGAUAGCGCACUUC